CUCGCGCUGCAGCCCGGACGCUUUUCAUGGACACACCAACACCCUAACAACGGGCGUUUCGUUGCUAAGGGCCUGCUGGAAGAGCAGAUUCGGGUGCGCAUGGAGACUGGAGGCGGCGGACUUACGGCCUCCUCCCUGCCUCAGCCCCUCACAGUACCAUCAUCACAAAGCUGGAAAUCCUUGACUCCAAAGAACAUACUAUUUGAUGAACAGAGAGAUCCUGAUACAUUGAUGAGGAGGAUGAACUAAGUUACUUCCAAGGUGUCUAUAUAUAUUUAUCAUUUGUGCAUAAGCUCAUUUGACAUAUGAGGAAACCAAGACAAAGAGAAUAAGGUGAAUUUCACAGGAUCAUCCAGCUAAACCCUGACUCUUGGAACUUUCAUCCAUUACAUAUCCUUUUGGUCUCUCAGGGAUGCUGGCUCAAAGAUACCAACAGUGGCAUGCUGUAUUGACACAGGUGUUGACUGAGUGUACUUUGCAACCAUGGGGAAACUCCAUAGCAAAAUCAAACACAACACCUACAAAUACAGAACUGAAGGAUACCUGGAAGAGAAUAGUUCUGUUAAAGUGGUCCAGGAAUACAAACCAGCUCACACUGAUGCUGUCAGCUCUGUUACUGCUCUGAAUUCAGCUAUUUGUGUUUCAGGAGGAAAAGAUAAGAUGGUUGUGGCUUACAAUUGGAAAUCUGGAGAUAUACUGAAAAAAUUCAAAGGACAUGAAGGGGAAAUCACCAAGGUAGCCUGUGUUUUAGGAUCAAACCAAUUUUUCAGUGCAUCUCGUGACAAGACAGCAAUAAUGUGGGAGUUUAAUGGAAAUUUACAACCAGCACAACAGUUUCCAGGCCAUGAUAUGGUUGUUACUGGAUUAGCUGUGAAUCCAGAUUCUUCACAGAUAUGUACUGGUUCUCGGGACAAUACACUGUGCCUGUGGGAUGUAAGCACUGGAGAAUGUCUUCAAAAGGUUACCAUUUCAAGAAACCUGGUCACUCAUCUGUGUUGGAUCCCUAGAGAACCACUUAUUCUCCAGACCUCCGAAGAUAAAAUCAUCAGAAUUUGGGACAGUCGAGGGUUGCAAGUGGCUCAUAGAUUUCCUAUAAAGCAGCAUAUUCAGACCUAUUGUGAUGUCAGUCCAGAUGGUUAUAACUGCAUUUCCUGUAGCAGUGGCUUUGAAGGGGAAGGCUGUGAAGCAACGUUGUGGGAUCUACGACAGACUAGAAGUAAAAUAUGUGAGUAUAAAGGACAUUUCCAGACAGUGACAUCCUGUGUUUUCCUGCCGAUUGAGUUAAUUCCAACGCCAGCCAUUGCUACCUCAUCAUUUGACUCCAAGGUGAAGAUUUGGAACAGAGAUACUGGAGCCUGCCUUUUUACCCUCCCUCUGGAUGGAUCUGGCCCUUUGACUUCUUUGGCCGUCUGUGACCUCUCCUUCCUACUUUGUGCAAGUUUCAACUCUGGAAUUCAUUUACUCAAGAUCAAUAACAUCAAAGGACUGCAGAUGCAGGAAGUAGCCAAUUUCUGAUGCCCAUUUUCUUCCUUUAUAAAGGAACUUGGGCAAAAACAUAUCCUGGAACCUCUUCUCUCAGUGUAAGCCUUUUUUUUCCUUGUUGUUUCCAUGCCACAGGACACAGUUAGGAAUGAUACACAGGUGCUAGCACAGAGGGGAAAACAAGUCCAUUGUUUUAAAAACAAGAUCGUUUCAUUAAGUUGACACAAAUACAUGUCAACUUUGAAAUUCUUGAGCCAAACUUCAUCUAACAGACUCUGAUUUUAAUUUAACUCUUUUGUCUCCUUGCCCCACCAUCCACAAGUAAGUUUGUUUCUCAAACUGUAACUGCUUUGGUUGUAAUAGGUGAGAGGUAGAUAGAGACCAGAUGAAGAGACCCCCCCUGCCAAUUCUAGUCAGCACCUUCUCUGAAACACCAUCAUAGAGGGCUGCCCACAGGUUAAGGGACUUGCCCAGGGUCACAUAGCCAGGAUGAGUCAGAGGCAGGACCUGAAAUUAGGUCUUUCUGACUGAGACCAGCCUCAUACCAAAGGAAGAUGUAGCCAGUUAGGAAGGAACAAAUAAACAUCCUAGGAGUAAAGGUGGAACUUGGUGGAAAUUCAUAUAGGUCCCAUCAGACAUUCAGGGGCCUAAUCAGUGCUUUAAACUUGGUGGAGCUAAGUCCUGGCUCUUUGGGCUCUUGUCUCUUCCUUUUUCCUUUGACUCUGACCCCAUUCUUACGAGUUCCCGUAGACCCAUGGUAACUUAUAGGGACUAGGAGAAGCAGUAAGAAGUAUGAGUAUUUAGGGGCAGCUAGGUGUCUCGGUGAAUAGAGAGCCAGGCCAAGAGAGACAAGAGGUCUUGAGUUCAAGUUUAGUCUCAGACAUUUCCUAACUGUGUGACCCUGGGCAAGCCACUUAACCCCAGUUGCCUAGCCCUUACUUGCUCUUCUGCCUUGGAACUAAUACUUAGUAUCAAUUCUAAGAGAGAAAGUAAGGGUUAAAAAAAGAUGGAAAAAAAUGGGGAGUAUUUGAAUUUCCAAUUCAAGGAGUAAAAUAGCAGGAAAUGUUGAUGAAAUGACUAGUCAAAGAAGUGGAUUUGGGGAAUAAGCUGGCAAUUACUUAAUUAGAAUAUUUUGAUCUUCUUAGAUUUACCUCUCUCAACUAGAUUUACAGAACAGAAAAGUAACCUGUGCAGACUGAGCCUACUCCAGAUAGUGAGUGCCCUAUUCGAGAGCCUACCUCAGAGAAAGGAUACCCAUUUUAUAUCUGAAAUGUCCAUAAGAAAUGAAACAUCUGCAGUUGUGUGACUCAGUGGAUAGAGAGCCAGGCCUGGAUUCAAAAGGUCCUGGGUUCAAGUCUAGCCUCAUACACUUUCUAGCUAUGUGACCCUGGGCAAGUCACUUAACCCCCAUUGCCUAGCCUUUACUGCUUUUCUGCCUUGGAACCAAUACUUAGUAAUGAUUCUAAAACAGAAGGUGAUGGUUUAAAAAAAGAAAAGAAAGAAAGAAAUGAAAUAUUUGGUUGUCUUUGGACCCUGGGAUUACUGGAUCUUUACAUAGAACUCCUCUCUCUUUUCCCAUUCAUAGCUUUAGCAUUAGGUUGCUUUAUUCUUACUAAGUUACAGAAACCAAAUGGUGGAGGAGAAGUUUAGGCAGCAAAGGUCAAUAAGUUUAAAGAGGGAAACUGAACCAGAGCUAGGAGCAGAGGGGAAUUGUGUGCUUUGUGAUUUUGAAAAUCCUGAGCUUAAUGUAUACCAGGUAAAAUGAGCAUUUAUGUAAAAUAGACCAGAAAAAAUGGGGAUCAGACAUGAAAGUAAUACAGCUGACUUUCCUCUUACAUAUCCAAUAAAUUCAGCAUGUCACCUUCAAAGCUAUUCUAUUAUUUCCUUCGAUCUUUCCUUUUUUUCAUGUACAUUAAAAAAUAUAUAUAUCUCACUGACCCUCUUGUUUUUCUUUUUCUUUUUUUUGCAACCCUAUUGCUACAUUCCUCUUUUCCCCCUUCCCCCAUUAAAAAAGAAAAGCCUUGUAACGUAAGUUUAACAUUAACAUUGGCCAUGUACAUCUUAUUUCUGAACCUUGGGACCAUCACCUUUCUCAGGAGGGGAAAGCAAAGCUUUAAUGGAUGCUGAACAAAAAGCUUCCUCUUCAGGUACUAAUUCCCAUUCUCUUACUUACAAAUACCACUAAAAUGUUAAUCCCAGGUUUUCUAAAUAUCUACUUCACUUCAACUCAGUAAUAUUGAACCUAGUCAAAGGGUACUUAGCAGGUAGACAUAAAUGCCAGUUUGUUUUUUUAAACGAUUAUCUUCCUCUUAGAAUCAAUACUGUAUAUUGGUUCCAAGGCAGAAGAGUAGUGAAGGUUAGGCAAUGAGGGUUAAGUGACUUGUCCAGGGUCACACAUCGAGGAAGUAUCUGAGGGCAGAUUUGAACCCAGGGCCUCCCAUCUCUAGGUCUAGCUCAAAUGCCUGUUUUCAAUAAAGGUUUUUAUGCUCUCAUUUAGAGCAGCCUUCCUUGCUCCAUAAAAUAUAGAUUCUCCCUGAGCAAGACCAUACUUAAAUCAUCUUAGACAACUUUAUUCGUCUCAAGAGUAGAAUAUUACAUACUCUUUACUCUCUUUCUGUCUUAUUCUCUGUCAUAUGCCACUGUCUUUUGACUUUCCUUAUAACCCUCUGAAUUCUCUUUGAACAGUUUAAGCAUCUUGCAUUGUUUUCUCUUCAGUGGAGAUGGAGGAAUAGCCUACUGUACUCAGUAAAACAACUAAACUUUCUUAUUCUAAUUACUUUAACCUUUCCUCAUAACUCUUAUGUUCUAAUUUUAUUUGCCUCUGAACCCUAUCUAUAGUCCUAUCUCCUGUAACAGAGCUCCAUUUGUAAAUAAUCCAGUUAGCCUAAGCAAACAUGUAAACCACCUUCUACAUGCAUGCAAGGUAUUAUUAUCAUAGGUAAAAAAACAAACCAAGACUGCCAGUAUAGUCCCUGUUCUCAAGAAGUCUGUCAUCAGCUAAGGUAAUCUCCUUGAGGGUGUUCUACCUACAUAUAAGGUGGGAUGCAAUAAAGGCCAAGAGGGGCUAUAACACAUAAGACAAGAGAGGUCACGUUACUGAUGGUGGCAGCUAUUUUUGCCUGAUUGACUUUCUUCCUCCUUUGAGCCCAAACUAACACAUUCAAGACAUUUCACUCCCUGAAAUCUCUCUGCCAUAUGGCAGGCUCCAUCUUUGAAGCUGACAUCCUCAUUCCUAGAAGUAGGAGAGAGAUCGGGUAAACAGGACCAGGGGAGCAGGCUCAGUCAGGAAAUUCUAAGCGAGUCAGGUCCAGCCAUGAUAGAUCUGAAAGAAUUAAAGGGAGAAAAACUUGCUGAGCUAGCUCUCAGAAAACUGCCUUUUCAGAGCAGUCAUUUCUCUCUGUAGUUCUAGCACUGGAGUCACCAUGGCAGCAGCUCCUGCUUCACUGGGCAGCUCUGGACCUAGAAUGGAGACCUACUAGUGGUGGGGGGAAGGGUAGUAAAAAGAACACUGGAUUUGGAAUCAGAGGAUUUGGAUUCAGAAAGCAGUUCUGCUGCUCACUAGGUAAGCCUCAGUUUCCCCUUCUGUAAAAUGAGGAGGCGAGACUAAUUGACCUCUGAGGUCUCCUUUGUUUUGAAAUCCUCUGAUCUAUUUAAGUUUUACUUGGAAAAAAAAAGUUAACCUACCAAUGGAUGAUCAGGAUCCUAUUUCCAGGAAAAUUAUGUGUUUGCUAAGCUAUGUGCUAAAAGGCCAAUAGAAUUUGCUUACAGUGUAUUUCCCUGCGAUUCAAUGAAUGCUUUUGGAGCACCCAUUAUACUCCCAUCCCGUUCAGUCUACUCUGAAUGCCCCGAGCCAGACUGUCUAAGACCCAAAGGUAGGUAGGUCUCUCUUAGGAACAGCAUGAACUCUUUUCUGCCAAGAAGAGUUUUAUAAGUUGCUACUUCAGUUAUCACACAAUCACCAGCUCCCAAAGAGGGUUGAUUUGUUCUCAGGUAAUAGUUUUGGCAUUUGGAGAACUUGUCCCAUUGUAUCCUAAGAGGAGUGUGAUUGUAAAUGUUUUUGUUUGAAAUGUGAGUGAACAGAAAUGUUCUAGGUCUCCAUGCAGAGGUUGUAUUUAACUUCUCAAUAAUGACUUGGAGAAAAGAACUUGACUUGAUCUGUAUUAUUAAAUCUGUAUUAUUAAAUUUAAAAUUAAAUAAUUGUUUUUACAUCUGUACUGUGGUUCGUUAUCAGCAUAAUAUAUUGGCUGCUUUAGGUUCUCUGUGAAUUUUUAUGUCUUUUCACGAGUUGAUUGAUGAAUUAUAUAUCUACUGAAAGUUAUCAAUCCAUUCACUUGACUGAUAUUUAUUGAAAACCUAUUCUUUCCAAGCACUGAUGGCACUUUUGUUUGGCAUUGUGAAAUCUGAGCCUACCUUUCUUUUGAUCAAACAUUUAUUUCAUGUGGCAUGUUUUUUGUAUUAAAUAGUAGUGAUUUAAAAUAAGUGAAUAAAAUUGAAAUCCCAGACAA